CGGCAACUGCAAACGCCGCCAAGGCCUGGCACGUCCGCAAGGUUGAUCGCCGCAACAACGUACGACUCCACCUCUGACGCCUGGACCUUCACAUUGGAAACGCACCACUCAUUCACUCAAGCUUUUCUUCGUCGCUGUGCCAAUACGCAAGGUCUUUGUAUCAUCGUCCCGGCGACGUGACAUUGCCGUGUUUCGGCGACAGUGAGCUCCACUCCAAUUCUCCCAUGGCAAGAUCCCCGAUCGGAUAGUUGUCGCCAUUGAUGGCACGCCAGUCGGUACCGUCCCUCAACCUGCCGCCCUCCUACACCUCCAUUUCUUCUCCCAGUGCAGGAUCCUCCGUACGCACUCCCAUGGCGACCUCGGCGCGGGUGUCGAGUGCCUCAAACAAUACAUUUGUGAUGUCGGGUUCUCCUGUAAAGAGUAGCAAGCGGCGGACAGGCUCUCCAUAUAAACCAAAGAUCAUUACAACUGUUGGUCAGCGCCCGGCGUGCCUCAUAAACGCAUCAGUGACAUAUGUCGGAAAAGACUUGAUAUACGCGUUCGGCGGCUUCGAUCGAGUGACGGACGAGGUCUACAAUCAUGUUUUGAAAUUGAAUCUCACCGCACGGCAAUGGAGCCUGGUGGACAACUAUGGAGAUAUACCAGGAGUGAGGAUGGGCCAUACCGCUUGUCUCUGGCAGGGCGAUAAACUUUUAGUCUUCGGAGGCGAGAAUGAGCAUCGCACUCAUCUGUCAGAAGUCGUCAUAUUUGACAUCAAUACUGCUCACUGGACGCAACCCGAAAUCACCGGGCCCAUGCCGCGUGGCCGGGCCAGACACGCAGCCGUGAUCCACGAUGAUAAAUUGUUCAUUUGCGGUGGGCUGAGCGGGACCGACAACAAUGCAGUGCUUGAUGACAUCUGCUUUCUCGACCUGAAGACAUGGACCUGGAGCCGAACAUGGCGGUUUGUCCCCCGCUACGACCACUCCAGUUGGGUAUGGGGCGGUAAGAUCUGGGUGAGUGGUGGGAUGAAUGAUGAGACUGAAAGAACAAGUGAGAUGUGGUGGCUGGACUUCAGAGGCUCGCCUCUGUUUGAAGGUGAACCAAUUUACGGUGUCGAGGACGCCAGGUCACUCAGCGAUCGUUUCUCAAGCUUCCAGCAUUCGACGCCGCCAGCAUCGAUCUUUGGAUCCGGGCACUACGCUGCCAAUACGAGCAGCGUCCAAUCAAAUUCCGCAACUCAAAUCCAAAGAGCACCGCCCAUCGCUCCCGGAGCAAUCAGCAGUGUGAAGUUCAUAUCCUCUCCAAACCUUCCUAUGCAAAAUGUGGGCACUCAUUUCCACGUGUUCAGUUCGGGCUGCAUGCUAGAUUUCGUAACCGCCUCAACAAAUAUUCCCCUGGAAACCUCCCUCUCCGCACUCGAUCUGGACUCACUCCGCUGGCAAAAGCUUGCAGAUGGCAAAGAUUUGUUCAGUCCUGAUUACAGAUGGCAUUACUGUUGUCUCGAUGCCGACGGUACCCACGCAUGGCUUCUCGGCUGUCCUCGUGAAGGCCAUGGUCUUGCUAAUGGUGAUUCGGAGGAGUAUCUGAGCGAUGUUCUACCCAUCGAUUUGCGUAAAUUCGGAUUGCUCGGCAACAAGAUGAGCGCAGAGGCGCGGAUCGAGGCGAAGAUGCCCACUUCAGACAGCCAUACGUCGUCACACCUUUCAGCGAUCGGAGCAGAUCUUGGCAGAACGUUCAAUCAGCCUCCCGAGACAGGCUCUGGUACCGAUUUCACCGUUACUGCGCUACGAGAUGAGAAUUGCGAUUCGGAAUCGGGUUCGGACGAAGAUCCAUCCUCGCCCAAUUACCCUAGCUCGGUAUCGGAGCCGAACCCGCACACGUCACAACCUAUACAUGUGCACAGAUUAAUACUCAGCGCACGUUGGCCACAUUUUGCUCGUCUUUACAGUGCUCAAAUGUCUGAAUUCCACACACGACGCAUGUAUAUUCCUGAGCCCUACUCAGCAGUGCGCGCUUUCCUAUAUUAUCUUUACACGGAUUCAAUAUCAAGCUCCUCGGCAGAGGACAGCACCAUACCUGGCCCAACUUUGGAAGAUGUCGCAAACAUGUUAGUUAUGAGCAACCUCUACGACAUGCCUCGUCUUCGCCAGCUAUGCGUGAAUCGUCUGCAGCGAGAUAUAGAUGUCCAACAUGCAGCUCUCAUUUUCGAUCGGGCGAGUACUGCACAGGAGGACUGGCUCAAACGACGUGCAGCUAGCUUCUGCAUGACACAUUUCGGCAGAGUUGUGAGAACAGAGGGCUAUUCACGCCUGAAGAAAUCUGCCAUGAUCGAGCUGAGCAGAGGUGUGGACGUCGAAGGUCGCAUUGUCGGUGGUGACGAACUUGAAGUACUGGGCGGCCUGGGCGGAGCCAGGAUCGGGAGUGGAAUAGGUCUUCCUUGGGGUAAUGGACGGAAAAGAGGACGACUUGGGAGCAUGAGUGGCACGACAAUGGACGGUGAUAUGGACGACACUGAAGCAGAUAUGGAUGGAAGCGACGAAGGCAUGGAACUAUCAUGAUUAGGGCUUAUGAUUACUUGUAUAUUUUUGGAGUUUCGACGCAAACGGCGAGGUGUAGGCCUGGCGCCUUGGGCAAUCUUCUGGGAAUGGAAUGUGAUGGCAAUAUGCUAUAUGCGUCGAAAGCUUUGCUCGUACAUACCGAUGAUCAUCUGUGACGGUUCACCACCAUGGCUGUAAGUACAUCGAGUCAUACCUUGGUUACCUCAGCAGAACUCCUCCCUAUACAUCUACUUCUCUCGGGCAAUCUCUGGCGAGUCUGCUCGGCUUCGGUGCGCAUGUCUUGGUAUAUGCACCAGCGGCGUGGACCGCAACUCAGGGCUGCGAUGGCUCGGUGGAAUCCGUAAAAUGGU